UUCAUGUUAAAAAUGACUGUGAGAGCAACACAAUCUGGUUACGGAUAUUGACACGACUUGUUCAUAAUACGGUUUAAAGUAUAAGCUUUCAAUGUGUACAUGCAUACGACAGCUGUCAGUAGUCCAAUGGUAUCGUACACAGACUUCAGUAUAUGUUGGUUAUUGAUAUACGCAUACAAUUCGAUCAUUUCAAUUGACAUUCAUUUUUUAGAGGAAUAUGGCCUCGGAUUUAUGGAAAAAAGUAAAAAAAAGAUUUCGUAAUACAGUUAUGGAAAACACAGAAGCAGGGAAUUUGGUCCAAUCAAAAGAAAGUCGGGACAGAUUGAACAAUCCAAAGAGUUUUGAACAAAAUGUAGACUGGACAGAUUUUGAAAAAUACUUUGCAAAAGAUAUGCAAACAGAAAAAACUGGAGAGUUACGCAAUCGAUUCCUAAAUGAACUGGUCAGGUUGUUAGAUAACUACUUACAGUCGGAACACAAACGUACUUCAAAAGUACUCGACUUUCAUCAUCCACAUCAAUUGAAAGAGAUAAUGGAGCAUUGUUUGAUAAUUGACAAGGACCCAAAGAGUUUGGAGGAAGUACUCAGCGACUGUAGAGAAACUCUAAAAUACUGUGUUAAAACGGGGCAUCCUCGGUUUCUUAACCAGCUAUCUACUGGAUUAGAUAUUGUUGGUAUAGCUGGGGAGAUGUUAACGUCGGUGGCUGACACGAACAUGUUCACGUACGAAGUCGCUCCUGUAUUUACCCUUAUAGAGGAUAUUGUUCUAACGAAAAUGUUAGGAUACAUUGGUUGGUAUGAUGGGGAAGGAAUGUUUGCUCCAGGAGGAGCUAUCUCUAACCUUUAUGGUAUGUUGUCGGCUCGACACAAACGAUUUCCAAGAGUAAAAUAUUCAGGGAUGUCAAGUAAAGGAGAUAUAGUUGUUUUCACAUCUGAACAGAGUCAUUUUUCUAUCAAUAAAGCUGCCAUGUUGCUUGGAAUUGGUCAGGACAACGUAAUCGCAGUAGACUGUGAUUCAAAUGGGAAAAUGAAGGUAGAUGUCUUGCGUUCAAAAAUAAAACUCUCCAUUGCAAACCAACAAACUCCUUUGAUGGUAAAUGCGACAUGUGGAACAACAAUUCUGGGAUCUUUCGACCCGGUUGAAAAAAUUGCCGAUGUAUGUGAAGAGUUUGGGAUGUGGCUACAUGUAGACGGAGCUUGGGGAGGUGGUGCUUUAUUGUCUGACAAACACCGCUACUUGUUGAAAGGAAUCCAUAGGGCUGAUUCAAUGACAUGGAAUCCACACAAGAUGAUGGGUACACCUUUGCAAUGUUCAGCUAUUUUGUUGAAGGAAAAGGGUGUUUUACUUGAUGUCAACCAAACUGGUGCAACAUACCUAUACCACAAAGACAAACAUUAUGAUACAAGCUUUGACACUGGUGACAAGUCUAUACAAUGUGGACGUCACAAUGAUGUCUUCAAAUUAUGGUUAAUGUGGAGGUCAAAGGGUGAUAAUGGCUUUAAAGAUCAAAUUGAUUUGUAUUUCACAUUGUCAAAAUAUCUUGUCAGUGAAAUAAAGAAGAGACCACGUUUCCAGCUUGUUUUGGAAGAGAUAGAAGGGCCAAAUAUAUGUUUCUGGUAUAUACCUUCGAGUAUUGUCAUUACAGACGAACACGAUGAAAGGAAAACACACCUGAACAAGAUUGCACCGAGUUUAAAAGCCCUUAUGAUGGAAAAGGGUACCAUUAUGGUCACUUAUCAGCCUCUCGGAGAUCUACCAAACUUCUUCCGCAUAGCCAUCUCAAACCCAGCAAUAAAAAAAGAAGACCUCGAUUUUGUUUUAAACGAAAUUGAAGAACUAGCUAAAUGUUUAUAAAAUGUGCUAAAUAAAAUUGCGAAUAAUGAAACUGUUACUUAGUUUUGACAGACAGAUUAAUGUCGUCAUACAAUGAAGUGUUUAGAAUAUAUGGACAAGCGUUUUCGAAACUUGUAAUCUGAAACGAUUGUUUGGCAUCUUUUUAUUUCUUUUGUUGCAUUUUAUUUAAAGGUCAUUUAGUGA